AUUAAUAACAUAACCAAUUGGCAAAUACGAUUGUCUAUUGUCUAUUGUUGAUUAUUGACUUUGUAUAAUAAUAUGUAAAUUCUAAGUUUAUUUUCCUGUUUAUACACUAUAMUUCUCACGAACAGUACUAUUUUUUAUUCAAUUAUUUAUAUGAUUCUCAGUUAGUUCUUAAUUUUUUUCAUUUGCUACAUAUUAGUGUUUAUAUGUAUUUGUUUAAUCAAUGGUCGUCAAAGAGUAAGAAAUCUAUAAGGAAAUGUGUGUAAUAUAAUUGUAAGUCUUUCUUAAACUAGGACCAGAAUGUCGACUACCUAAUUUGGCUGUGUAAUUGUCAUUAAAAUGAACUCAAAACAGGUAUUAUUGAAUGUCAAACAUUAAUGAAACUGAUAAGCCCAAGAGUUGGUAGAAAUCUGAAAAAUGUUGCUGUAAUUAGUGGUUUGAAGGCUAUAUUUGAAACAGUAAUAGAUGAAUCAGACGCAAUUUCAUUAUGUCCUCGUCUAAAUUUAUUUCUGAAACCUUUUGCACGGAUUAUGAUCACUGUUCAAUUGGAUGGCAAAACCAAAACAACAAUUUCCAAUUGGCAAAUCAUGGAGCGUUUAAAGGAAUGGAUAGAUCCAGACAAGUUUUCUCAUCUUUGUAUAGCAAAAACGUCUUUGGAUUUAAUAAGGUUCGAUGCAGAAUUAACAGACCGUUCACGAUUGUCAACAGUAUUAUCCCGUUUGUGUAAUAGACGAAUAAAAUUUCCUGGAUUUUCUCAUCUAUUGACUGUGCGUGCUGUUGAAUCUAAACCAGAUUUUCCUACUCGUCAUAAUUGGGAUUCAUAUUUUCGUGAUAAUAAAGAUAUGAAUGAACUGAAGCCAGGUGAGCGUCCUGAUACUUUACACAUUGAAAAUUUACCUUUGGAGUGGUUAACUGAACCUGGAGAAAAAUAUCCAAGUGAAAAUAUUCUAAAAAAAAUAUUCAAUGGAUUCGGUGAAGUAGCUCGUGUUGAUUUACCUGCUGCAGACCCAUCAAGAGUUAUUCAUGGAGUAGGAAUCUGUGAUGCAUACAUUCAAUUCAGAGACUAUUCAGGUUUUGCAAAAGCAAUGGAUGCAUUAAGGGGUAAUAAAUUGGCUUUAAUCACUGAUACAAAAGCACUUAUAGCUAAUAUUAAAGUAGACUUUGAUAAAACAAAACACAUGACAUUAAAUGAGAUUACAAAAAGACAUGAACGCCGUGAUCGUUUCCUAAUGAGGAAAAAAGUGAUUGAAGAAAAAGAAAGACUAGAAAAAGUAAAAGAAUUAAAAAAACGAGAAGAAGAAAAUAAAAAAAAACUUUUUGAAUUGGAAAAAAAAAAUGAAAGACGUAAAUUGCGAGAAGAAAAACGUAAAGCAAGACGUAUUAAGCGUUUAGCUGAACAAGAAGCUGAUAUAAUGAACCAAAAAAUUGCGACUGAAGAAAGGCUUCUGUUAAAAACACAAAGAAAACUAGAAGCUAUUCAUUUACUGGGAGAAUUGUUUACACGAAUCAAAUCCAAAAUUAAUUCUAAAAGUAAGGAGGAAGAAAAAUCUGAAAAAAAUAAUGCCAAUACAAAUAAUGUUCAAUGUAGGGAUAUUGAGUCUACUUUCAGACAAAGAAUGAUUGAAAAAUGGAAACCAUUUCAGCAUAAAAUAUUAAAAAAUUCUGCAAAUAAUAAUGAUUCUGAAAACCGCAGUUAUAACAAUGACCAAAACAAUCGUGGCCGAGGCCGAGGAAAUUGGAGAGGUCAUCGUGGUGGCACACAUCAAUUCAUAGGUCGAGGACCAUACCUAAUGCCACCCAUGUUUGACCCAAUGCAGUUGAUUAAUUACGGACACAAGUAUCAUAAGUAUAUUCAAAAACUUAAUAAAAAAGCAGAGAAUAACAGAAGUCGUAGCCGUAGUCGAAGCCGAAAACGAAAGCGAUCAUUUUCCAGUAGAAGUUCCAGGAGUUAUAGUCGUAGUCGUAGCCAAAGUCAAAGUCGAAAUAAACGUUACAGUAGAUCAAGAAGUAGGAGUCGUACAAAAAUAAACAAUUCAAGAAGUAGAAGUCGUUCAAGUAGUAGAAGUCGUUCAAGAAGUAGAAUUCGUUCACGAAGUAGAAGUCGUUCAAAAAGUAGAAUUCGUUCAAAAAGUAGAAUUCGCUCAAAAAGUAGAAGUCGUUCAAAAAGUAAGAAUCCUAAAAAAACCCACAAAAGUCAUUCAGAGAGUAAAAGUCGAAGUAGAAGUAUUAAUAAAAGUUCAGAUAAAACAAUAGAGAAGAAUUCUAAACAUAAGCACAAGAAAAAGAGUAAGAAUAAGAAACCUAAAAAGCUUAAAAAAUCUAAGAAAUGAUAUUUUGGUUAUUGUAAUAAUAUAAAAAUGGAAAUGUGUCCUUAGAA